AUGAACAAAAUUCCUAACUCCCCCCCUCUCCGUUAGUGAACAAAAAAAUUUUGUUCACUCACGGAGGGGGGUUAAUUUUUUUGUUUUAAAAAAUUUAUAUAUAAAAAAAAUUGUUUUUUCGAAAUUAUAAAAAUCCUAAUUCGCAAAAAAUUGAAAGCAAAUAUUAAUUUAAUUUAUAAAAUUUAUGUUUUAAAACGCAAUUCGUUUAAAAUUAAACAGAAUUAGCUCUAGAUUUCAUUAUAAUAAUUAUCGCUUAUAUAUCAAUUUUUUUUCCAUAAAAAAUUUUUAAUCACUCACGGAGGGUGGGUUUUUGGGCAAAAAAUAGCGAUUUCUCUAAUGGUUUUGUUCACUCACGGAGGGGCGGGGAGUAAGCUCCGGCAAACAGAGCUUCAAGAAUUUUCACGCCAAACCUUAUUUUCCCCAGAAGAGGUAGAAAUGCUAUACAAGCGAUUUUAUGAAAUUUCUAAAUCUGAAGUAGAUGACGGCGUAAUUGAUUAUUCUGAAUUUUGUCUUGGCUUAAAACUGCCUCUUUCACCUAUGAUCUCUGAUAGAGCAUUUCGGCUAUUUGAUGCGAAUGGUGACAGAGUUAUAAAUUUUCGAGAGUUUUUAUUAGGGUUAAGUACAUUUAUUACAAAGAAUACUGAAACACCUAGAACGAGUCAAGAAAUAAAUAAGUCUAUUAUGGCAACGAAGUAUAGAGAUCAAAUUGAGGCUUCUUUUCGGAUGUAUAAUGUAAAAGAAGAAGGUAAAAUAUACGUUGAUGACAUAAAAGCUCUUUUAACUUCUGCAGUUUCUCAGAUAACAUCUUUUGGCCUUAGUCAAGAACAAAUUUCACAAAUCGUUGAAAGCUUAAUUAAGACAGAAAUGUGUAUGGAAGACGAGCAUGGGAAAUACAUUGAUAAGGAUUCUUACUCCCCCCCCCCUCCGUGAGCGAACAAAAAAAUUUUGUUCGCUCACGGAGGGGGGUUAAUUUUUUUUUUUAAAAAAAAUUUAUAUAGAAAUUUUAUAAAAAAUAUUUUUUUCGAAAUUUAAAAAAAUCCUAAUUUGCAAAAAUUGGGAAGCAAAUAUUAAUUUAAUUUGCAAAAUUUAUGUUUUAAAACGCAAUUUGUUUAAAAUUAAACAGAAUUAGCUCUAGAUUUCAUUAUACUAAUUAUCACUUAUAUAUCAAAAUUUUUUUCCCAUUAAAAUUUUUUCUAUUAAAAAAAUUUUUGUUCACUCACGGAGGGUGGGUUUUUGGUCAAAAAAUGGCGAUUUUUCUAAUGGUUUUGUUCGCUCACGGAGGGGGGGGGGGAGUUAUAGAAAGAUGAUUAUCAAUGACAAUCGAAUCGUCAAAUGAUUGGGAAUCGAUAUGGAAAGAGUUGUCCAUAGCUAUAGGUUUGUAAACGUCAAAAAAUCAAGAUCAAGGUGCUUACCUUUAUAA